AUGUCGACAGCUCUUCCUCCCGCGCAGCAGAAGCUUUUCGAAAGACUUGGUCGUGAGUUUGAUUCCCGAGAAUAUAAUAAAGCGAUACGCACUGCUGAUGGUAUACUGGCCCUUGUCCCUGAGCACGCCGACACUAUUGCCAUGAAGGGUCUUACAUUACACAAUCUUGAGCGCAAAGAAGAGGGACAUACAUUAAUUAAAAAGGCUAUUGCACUUCAUCCUGAUUCUCCUAUUGCAUGGCACUCUCUUGGAAUGUGUUAUCGAUCUGAAAAGAAUUAUGUGGAGGCAAUGAAAGCUUUUAAGCAUGCAUUUUCGAUGGAUCCAUCUAAUACGAAUAUACUGCGUGAUAUUUCACCCCUUUGUGUUCAGGUUCGAGAUUGGGAACAAUUUGUGGAUACAAGACGCAAAAUGAUUGCGUUAAAACCUGGUGUUCGUGCUAACUGGAUCGCAUUAUCUUCUGGAUAUCGUAUGAUGGGACACACAAAGGUUGCGGUUGCUUUAAUAUAUAGUAUGUUGACCUUCAUGGAUGCUGGAGAUAAUACAGUUGAAAAGAGUGAGGUGUAUCUUUACUGCGUGGAACUGGAACUUGCCAAUAAUGCACCUUCGAAAGCACUUCAACUUUUAAAAACACAUAAUGCAGAAAUUGUUGACGAGUAUGAGAAAACCUUUUUACGAGCAAAGGCGCAUGCACUUCUUGGUCAAAAAUCAGAAGCUGAAAAGCGAUACAUGGAUCUUAUCGCUCAAGGAGUAGCAGAAGGAGAUUGUAUCGCAGCUAUUGCCCAUCUACGUAAAAUUCCACUCGAUAAUAAUCGACGACCUUUACGUGAAAAGGCAAAGUAUCUGGAAAUUUUACAACAAGUUAUGGAUAUCUGCCCUAAAUGUGAUUAUGCCAGACGCAGUGCACUUGAUUAUGUACCACUUGAAGAAUUUAAAGACCGACUUCGUGAAUAUGCUUCUCGGUUUAUUAUUAAAAUGAUUCCAUCACUUUUCAGUGUAUUAAAAUCCUUGUAUCUGGAUACUGAGCGAUCUCAACUGGUUGGUGAAGUAUUUUUGGAAUGGGAAAAAGAAAUUCAAGAAAAUAAUUUUUCAAGUUUUGGUGGGAAAUCAAAUCCAUGUUAUAUUUUAUGGAUAUGGAUGUAUUUGGCGACUCAUUUUUGCAGAUUACUUGAUUUUGAAGUGGCGUUAAGUUAUAUUAAUCGCGCUAUUGAGCAUACUCCUACUGUGGAAUUAUUGUACUUAAUAAAGGCAAAGAUUCAGGCUCGUAGUGGACAUUUGGAUGAAGCUGCUAUGAGCGCCGAUAUGGCACGUCGACUUGAUUUACAGGAUAAAUAUCUUAAUGGAAAAGCGGCUAAGUAUUUUUUCCGGGCGAAUCGAAUUGAAGAAGCAGAAGAACGUAUGCAAAUGUUUUACAAAGCAAGUACUGUUCAAGGUGAUACAUAUUUGACGGCAUUAGAGUCACAGUGUGCAUGGUAUGAGCGAGAAAUUGGUGAUGCCUUUUUCCGAAAAGGUGACUACAUUUCUGCUUUGUCAAAUUAUCUUAUGUACGAACUUCAUCAUAAACGUAAUCACCUGGAAUUGUUGGAAUUUCAUAACUACGUUUUCAGGCGAUGUACCAUGAGAGCUUGGUUUGAUGUUUUGGCUCGUGAUGAUGAUCUUGAUGGAAACAAGUUUUUCCUUAAACUUUGCCCACGUAUUGUUCGAACCUAUAUGAAAAUAUUUGAAGAGGGUGAAGAAGCCGUAAAUAAGAAACAUGUUCCUCGACCAGAACUUGAAAAGUGUUCAGAUGCAGAAGAGAAUAAACGUCUGGCACAGUUACGUCAGGAAUAUUAUUUAGAUAAAAUUGACCUUUCUGAACCACUCAAGAAAGCAGAACGAUAUCUUUUACCUUAUCUUUCACAUAAUGCAAACUCGACAGAAGCGCAUUUGUUGGCCUUUGAGUUUUUCACAAUGACACGGAGGCCGCUCCUAGUAGCACGUGAACUGUUGGCUUUAGCGAAGCUAAAGGAAACAAGUACGGAAGAUCUCAUUUCACAAUUUGAACAGAAAUUCUUAUCUGAAACAGCGCAAAAUAUGGAUACACGCGUGAAGGAAAUAAUCGAUGAGACUUUAAACACUGCCAGAGCGAAGCUUAAAGAGGAAUGA